CGAAAGUACAACUCGGACGCAACGUACUGUACUUUCCAGACUUUCGACAUUCGAAAAUCAAGAUGAGAUACUUGUCGACGCUGCUUCUUGCCUUGCAUUUGGCCGCAGUUGCGUACUCGACUCCCAUAUCUUCGGACACAUCCGGCAGCGUCUCCUUGGAGAGCUAUUGCCCUAGCGCCACAACUCUGGGCUUGCGCACCGUCCAUUACCACAAGAGGAACCUCGUUCACUUUCUGUCUGGCGGUUCCAAACGUGACAAAAAGGACAAGUGCAAGGACAAGGAUGCCGAUUCCAAGAAAGGCGAAGCUUCUCUUCCCGAUGAUGAUAAAACAGAGUGGAUACGAAGACCAGGCGAAAGUCCUGAGGACUUCCUUGUCCGCCUGGACAGACAGGCAACGAAGUGGGGAGAAGACGGAAAGCUCAAUGAGACGGGCGUGAAACUUAUAAAGGCUCUAGGCAAGAAUAUCCUCAUCAAUGAAGCGCGGGGAAUGCAGGACCCACAGGAUUCACAUGGGGACAUCCUUAAAGUGAUCGACGGAACAUGGGGGGAAGCAGAAGCCCUGAAAUAUGGAAAUUUCAAUCUCUUCAAGAGAUCCGCUUACGCCGAAAGCAGCAACAUGCAGGCUUUGGAAAGGCCGCUUCUUCAUGAUCCGACCGACUGGGUUAGAGAAGCAGACACGAUCAGAAAGUACUGGAAGCCUAAAGAGACAGAAAGUAAAGCGGAGUUCUCGGAGCGCAUCUACGAGCAGGUCCGCGUAUGCUACAAACAUGGAGUCCUAAAUUUCGACGGAAUGGACACACUCGAUCAGAAAAUCUCAGAUCUGAGGCGAUUUCAGUCGAUCCCGUCCGAGGAUGGAAAAUGGCAAAAACAUCUCCGUGAGCUUCAAGACCUCGUCCAGCAGAAUAUGAACGUCAAAAUGUACAAACCAGGCAACGAUCGCACGCCCAACAGCCCACCUCCGCUGAGACCAAGCGAUUUCUACCACCACUUUUCAAGACUUCAUUUGUGA